AUGAAGGGAGGGAGAGAGGGAACAGGGAGAGAGGGAACAGGGAGAGAGGGAACUGAGAGCGGGAGGAAGUGGUGGUGGGAGGGGUGUUGUUGUUGUCUGUAGUGAAAGAAGGCUCUCUCUCGCUUUCACUCAGCUUUAGAUGCUCAGUCUAUCUAGUCUGAGAGGCUUUCAUGCUUCUGUCUCCGGCUGACACACACACACACUGAACCCUCUGUGCUGUGUUUCUCUGUGAUGUGAUUGAACACCAGAUGAUUAGUAUGCAGUCGAAGAGAGACGCUGAAAAACUGUGACACAAAACACACGCGCAUGUGUAGUUGAACUGCUCUGUAUUCAAAGCUACUGGUUUAAUCAUCGACAGCAGCUGGGUUCGGAUCGCUGACUGUUGGAAUUUUGUGGGAAUACCGGAAUGUUCUUGAAGAGCUGUAAUCCCAAGGUUCUGUAAGGCAGUGGAAACGUGUGCGUGUGAGUGUGUGUGUGUGCGUGUGUGUGUGUGUGUGUGUGUGUGGGGGUGGGGGGGGGGGGGGGGGGGGAACGCAGAGUCAGCUAAAAGAGCAGCAGUAAAACAGCUGUUGAGCAUUACAGAGGAGACAUGACUACAGCUAUAUGCCUGUGUGCAUGAUGGGAAAGACAGACACACACAGACUCCCAACUGAUGUGUCUGAAACCAGUCACAACUCCUGAAUGCCAGCAGCAGGAUCAACUCCUACAUUCCGACCAACAGGAAACAGUCCAUGUAGCUGGUUCUAAUAUGAAUGGGAACAUUCUAAAGCAGUGUUCCUCUUUAAUCCUGGUCCUGAGGACCCAAAGGGGGGCACAAUCUGCACAUUUUUGUUUUUGCCCUAGCACCUGAUUCCACUAAUCAACUCAUUAAACCUUUUGAUUAGUGGAAUCGGACGUGUAGUGAUAUGGCAAAAACAAAAAUGUACACACCUUUGGAUCCCCAGGACUAGGAUCAAUAAACACUGGUCUAAAGGCUUUAGGCAGAGCCAGAACCAUAGUGAUCCCUCCCUCUAUGUACGUCUAUGACUCUGGCUUUAGGCAGAGACGGAACCAUAGUGAUCCCUCCCUCUAUGUACGUCUAUGACUCUGGGUUUAGGCAGAGCCAGAACCACAGUGAUCCCUCCCUCUAUGUACGUCUAUGACUCUGGCUUUAGGCAGAGACGGAACCAUAGUGAUCCCUCCCUCUAUGUACGUCUAUGACUCUGGGUUUAGGCAGAGCCAGAACCACAGUGAUCCCUCCCUCUAUGUACGUCUAUGACUCUGGCUUUAGGCAGAGACGGAACCAUAGUGAUCCCUCCCUCUAUGUACGUCUGUGACUCUGGGUUUAGGCAGAGCCAGAACCACAGUGAUCCCUCCCUCUAUGUACGUCUAUGACUCUGGCUUUAGGCAGAGACGGAACCAUAGUGAUCCCUCCCUCUAUGUACGUCUAUGACUCUGGGUUUGGCAGAGCCAGAACCACAGUGAUCCCUCCCUCUAUGUACGUCUAUGACUCUGGCUUUAGGCAGAGACGGAACCAUAGUGAUCCCUCCCUCUAUGUACGUCUGUGACUCUGGGUUUAGGCAGAGACAGAACCACAGUGAGGUGGUGUCACGGUUUAACUUGGGAAUCCACUGUCAUUAGAGAUAUAGUAGGCUGUCUGUCUGACCUCUCUGUACAACAGGGUCAGAUGAGUGGAGUGGAACUGAUCUAUCCUGUCGGGGGACACGCGCACACACACACACACACGCACACACACACACGCACACACACGCACGCACACACACAUACACACACUCUGCCAGGCGGAAAGUAGAUCUGUGUUCUUGGGUGUCUAACUCUCCCCCCCCCCAUCGUACCUUGCCUCCUUUAAACCACUAAUUGAUCUGCAUCACACAGAGAGAGAGAGAGAGAGAAGUAGCUAAUUGAUCUCUGUGUAAUCCUCCCAGUGAGUAUGGACGACAGUUUAAAUCCAGUUAGAGGGUAUCAAGCACAGCUGAUACUGAGCAGCGUUUCUCUCUUUCUGGUCCUGACGAGGAAAACAAAAUGUCGGUUCUCUUCUGCACUGUUGAAACAAUCCAGUAAAUGUGGAGGAGGAGUUCAGAUGAAGUGUCCAAAAGAGGAAGUCAUAACACAGGCUGUCUUUCCAGUUCCCCUGGAAACAGGAAGCAUCCAGUUGUGUCCGACCCCGCAGAGGGUGCCCAGAUACCAGACACCAAGACCUUAUAACGGGUCCCAGAUCUGUGCUACCGUGAGGUGAUGCACCUAUGUCACACCCUCCAUCACGCUAGCUCUUUGUGGGUGGGUGCAUGCUCUCAUUCUAUCCCUCUCUCUCUGUCUCUCUCUGUCUCUCCCUGUCUCUCUCUCUCUCUCUCUCUGUGUCUCUCUCUCUGUCUCUCUGUGUGUGUGUCUCUCUCUCUCUCUCUCUGUGUCUCUCUCUCUGUGUCUCUCUCUCUGUCUCUCUGUGUGUCUCUGUCUCUCUCUCUCUCUGUCUCUCUCUCUCUCUCUCUGUGUGUCUCUCUCUGUGUGUGUGUGUCUCUCUCUCUGUGUCUCUCUCUCUCUGUGUCUCUCUCUCUGUAUGUGUCUCUCUUUCUCUCUCUCUCGCUCUAAUAAAAAAGUAGGGGUUUCCCAUAUUCCCAUAGAAAUACAUUUGAUAGAAAAUAAACACCAUAUCCCCGGCCCCUAGUGAUGUUUGAAAUAUCUGUCAGGUUUCCUUGACUACAUGAUCAGAGUCUCACUCUAAAAGAAAAACUUUGAUUGUGUCCCAAAUGGGGUCCAUGAAAGCCAGCUGUGACUGGUCAAAAGUACUGCACUAUAUAGGGAAUAGGGUGCACACUUUGUUUGUCAUGGUGGUGGCAUACAUUUUCUGUAGCCCCAUUCUCUCACCCACUGUCACCCCUACCAGCCCCCCUCCAAUACCCACUCUCUACACACCUAAGCUCAGUCCCAAACCCCCUUCUCUCUCCCUUCACUCUACCCUCACUCACCUGAAAGGAUACUAUUACUAUGUGGAAUCCAGGCAUGUUGUGGUCUCUUUGGAUAAAAGUGUCUGCUAAAUGGCAUAUACAGUUGAAGUUGGAAGUUUACAUACACCUUAGCCAAAUACAUUUAAACUCAGUUUUUCACAAUUCCUGACAUUUAAUCCUAGUAAAAAUGCCAUGUCUUAGGUCAGUUAGGAUCACCACUUUAUUUUAAGAAUGUGAAAUGUCAGAAUAAUAUUAGAGAUAAUUAUUUAUUUCAGCUUUUAUUUUUUUCAUCACAUUCCCAGUGGGUCAGACGUUUACUUAUACUAAAUUAGUAUUUGGUAGCAUUGCCUUUAAAUUGUUUAACUUGGGUCAAACGUAUCGGGUAGCCUUCCACAAGCUUCCCACUUUAAGUUGGGUACAUUUUGUCCCAUUCCUCCUGACAGAGCUGGUGUAACUGAGUCAGGUUUGUAGGCCUCCUUGCUCACACACGCUUUUUCAGUUCUGCCCACAAAUUUUGUAUAGGAUUGAGGUCAGGGCUUUGUGAUGGCCACUCCAAUACCUUGACUUUGUUGUCCUUAAGCCAUUUUGCCACAACUUUGGAAGUAUGCUUGGGGUCAUUGUCCAUUUGGAAGACCCAUUUGCGACCAAGCUUUAACUUCCUGACUGAUGUCUUGAGAUGUUGCUUCAAUAUAUCCACAUAAUUUUCCUUCCUCAUGAUGCCAUCUAUUUUGUGAAGUGCACCAGUCCCUCCUGCAGAAAAGCACCCCCCACAGCAUGAUGCUGCCAUCCCCGUGCUUCACGGUUGGGAUGGUGUUCUUCGGCUUGCAAGGUACCCCCUUUUUCCUCCAAACAUAACAAUGGUCAUUAUGGCCAAACAGUUCUAUUUUUGUUUAAUCAGACCAGAGGACAUUUCUCCAAAAAGUACGAUCUUUGUCCCCAUGUGCAGUUGCAAACCGUAGUCUGGUUUUUUUAUGGCGGUUUUGGAGCAGUGGCUUCUUCCUUGCUGAGCGGCCUUUCAGGUUAUGUCGAUAUAGGACUCGUUUUACUGUUGAUAUAGAUACUUUUGUACCUGUUUCCUCCAGCAUCUUCACAAGGUCCUUUGCUGUUGUUCUGGGAUUGAUUUGCACUUUUCGCACCAAAUUACGUUAAUCUCUAGGAGACAGAACACGCGUUAAUCUCUAGGAGACAGAACACGCGUCUCCUUCCUGCUAAAUGACUAAAUGAGCGGUAUGACGGCUGCGUGGUCCCAUGGUGUUUAUACUUGCAUACUAUUGUUUGUACAAAUGAACGUGGUACCUUCAGGCGUUUGGAAAUUGCUCCCAAGGAUGAACCAGACUUGUGGAGGUCUACAAUAAUUUUUCUGAGGUCUUGGCUGAUUUCUUUUGAUUUUCCCAUGAUGUCAAGCAAAGAGGCACUGAGUUUGAAGGUAGGCCUUGAAAUAAAUCCACAGGUACACCUCCAAUUGACUAAAAUGAUGUGAAUUAGCCUAUCAGAAGCCAUGACAUCAUUUUCUGGAAUUUUCCAAGCUGUUUAAAGGCACAGUCAACUUAGUGUAUGUAAACUUCUGACCCACUGGAAUUGUGAUACAGUGAAUUAUAAGUGAAAUAAUCUGUCUGUAAACAAUUGUUGGAAAAAUUACUUGUGUCAUGCACAAAGUAGAUGUCCUAACUGACUUGCCAAAACUAUAGUUUGUUAACAAGAAAUGUGUGGAGUGGUUGAAAAACGAGUUUUAAUGACUCCAACCUAAGGGUAUGUAAACUUCCCACUUCAACUGUAUUAUAUUCUGCUGUGGUUUGGAAUUGAUCCCUGUAUUGACCUAACAGGAUGGAGUGGACACUAUACACUACUACAGUAUAGCAAGGGGAAAGGGAUCAAGGCUGUGGUUUGGAAUUGAUCCCUGUAUUGACCUAACAGGAUGGAGUGGACACUAUACACUACUACAGUAUAGCCAGGAGAAAGGGAUCAAGGCUGUGGUUUGGAAUCGAUCCCUGUGGUCCAUUUAAUAAUAAUAAGUAAAUGUUUCUUCUGUCGCACUCUGGUGUCAUAUGAGUGACUGUCUGUUCUGUGGGGUCUGUUCUGUCUCCUCCGUUCCCAUGGUAGUAUUUAUUAAAAGUCGACACUGGCUAGCUACAGUGGCUAGCAACAGUGGCUAGCUUAGCUAACGAACUAGCAUGACCAGAAUGACACAUUGAUGAAGCACCAAAGGCACACCCCAUUUCUGUUCGAAAAUUGAUGAAGAGGCAGAGUUGGACCGUUUUUCAUGCCCAAAGUCCUCCUUUUUUUAAAUUGACCCUUAUUUGACUAAAAGGUAGUUUGACUGAGACACAUUCUCAUUCACAGCAACAACCUGGGGAAGAGGAGAGGGGAUGAAUGAGCCAAUUGGAAGCUAGGGAUGAUUAGGUGGCCAUGAUGGUACAUUUAGCGAGGACACCGGGGUUAACACCCCUACUCUUAGGAUAAGUACCAUGGGAGCGCCUCUGGUUCUGUCUCUCUCCAUCUCUGGAUAUAUGAACUAGGCUCUGGACACAGUCACGAUGGAAGUAGUGACAUGUCUUGUUCGCAUUCCAUAAGGAUGCUUUUAUAUUGAGGUAACAUUCAAAGAGCAGAAGUGUCCCAUUUCUAUAAGUUUUGUUGAGAUGGUGACACUGUUUCCUUAGAUAUGUAUAUGUUGUUAUGUCAAGGGAAGCCAUGUGGCCUGGUGUCUUUAUUUACCUUUAUUUAACUAGGCAAGUCAGUUAAGAACAAAUUCUUAUUACAAUGACGCCUAACCGGCCAAACCCGACGAGCGGGCCAUUGUCGCCGCCCUAUGGGACUCUCCAAAUCACGGCCGGUUGUGAUACAGCCUGGAAUCGAGCCAGGGUCUGUAGUGACGCUUCCUUAGCACUGAGAUGAGUGCCUUAGACCUGAUUCCCGCCCACUCGGGAGUGUAGUGACCUACUGGGGUCAUUCUAGCUACGCUAGUCACUAGCUGUACACAGUGUAAAGCACUGGGGUAUUCAAACGUUUCCCUUGGCGGUCCGAAGUACUGCUGGUGUUCUGUCCUACCGGAUAAUCCCAAAGCUCAGCCACCUGGGGCUGUUGUGUGUAGAUGGUAUCUCUUCACCUGUAGCACAAUUCCUAUGGAACUUGUUUUAGAUUGUUUUCGGCAGCUGCAGAAUUCCUGUCCGCUAUUCCGGAACCUACAGACAUUGUCCCGGCAUGAUCUGGAGCAGAAUGCUUUUCCAUGUGUAUCCUGGAGGAAGGGAAACUUCCUUCACGCUUUCACAGCAGACAUAUCCAGCUGUGUGUUUAUAUCAUGUCACAGAGAAAGACCAUGAACCAAAUCACAUUUAUUGUCACAUGCUUCUUAAACAACCUACUCACAGUUCAACCUUUGCCAGCCCCUCCCCUCUUUCUUUCUGCUUUCCUUCCUCUUUCAUCUUACUCUCUGUCAGACAUCAUUCUCCCAUCCCCCUCUCCUGCUCUCCCUCAUCUGGUUCUCUCUUUCAUCUGGUUCUCUCUUUCAUCUGGUUCUCUCUUUCAUCUGGUUCUCUCUUUCUCUCUUUUUGAGUCAGACAAACCUUACCCCUCUUUUUACAUUUUACAUUUUAGUCAUUUAGCAGACGCUCUUAUCCAGAGCGACUGAGUGCAUACAUUUUUCAUACUGGCCCCCCGUGGGAAUCGAACCCACAACCCUUGCGUUGCAAGCGCCAUGCUCUACCAACUGAGACCACCCCCCCCCCCCCCCCCCCCCCCCCCUCUCUCUCAAUUCAAUUAAAUUGCUUUAUUGCUUCAAUAAGUGCUUUAUUGACAUGGGAAACAUAUGUUUACAUUGCCAAACCAAGUGAAACAGAUAAUAAACCAAAGUGAAAUAAACAAUAAAAAAUGAACAGUAAACAUUACACUCAGAAGUUUCAAAAGAAUAAAGACAUUUCAAAUGUCAUAUUAUGUCUAUAUACAGUGUUGUAAUAAUGUGCAAAUAGGAAAAGUACAAAUGGAAAAAUAAAUAAUAUGGAUUAUGGGUUGCAUUUGGUGUUUGUUCUUCACUGGUUGCCCUUUUCUUGUGGCAACAGGUCACCAAUCUUGCUGCUGUGAUGGCACACUGUGGUAUUUCACCCAAUAGAUAUGGGAGUUUAUAAAAAUUGGGUUUGUUUUCAAAUUCUUUGUGGAUCUGUAUAAUCUGAGGGAAAUAUGUGUGUCUAAUAUGGUCAUACAUUUGAGGAGGUUAGGAAGUGCAGCUCAGUUUCCACCUCAUUUUGUGGGCAGUGUGCACAUAGCCUGUCUUCUCUUGAGAGCCAGGUCUGCCUACGGCGGCCUUUCUCAAUAGCAAGGCUAUGCUCACUGAGUCUGUACAUAGUCAAAGCUUUCCUUAAGUUUGGGUCAGUCACAGUGGUCAGGUAUUCUGAGUUAUGAGUCUCCUCGAAGCCUACCUUUGACUAUGUACAUACCCAGCGUGCGACAGAGCGAGUUGAGAGAGUUGUGACCCGUUUUUGUUGGUUAUGUUGUCGUAGUUGUGCCUAGGGGGGCAUAUGGGGGAGGGAAUGCUGUCACCUCCAGGUAGGUGUUUGUCCCCCUGUGUGCUGAGGGUGUCAGGUUCUUGUCCAGUUCUGGCAUUUAGGUUGCCACAGACUAGUACAUGUCCCUGGGCUUGGAAGUGAUUGAUUUCCCCCUCCAGGAUGGAGAAGCUGUCUUCAUUAAAGUAUGGGGAUUCUAGUGGGGGGAUAUAGGUAGUACACAGGAGGACAUUUUUCUCUGUUGAGAUCAUUUCCUUUAGAUUUUCUAGCCAAAUGUAAAAUGUUCCUGUUUUGAUUAAUUGAAUAGAGUGAGUUAGGUCUGCUCUAUACCAAAUUAGCAUACCCCCUGAGUCCCUUCCCUGUUUCACACCUGGUAGUUUGGUGGAUGGGACUACCAGCUCUCUGUAACCUAGAAGGCAACCAGUGGGUCCGUCUCCUCUAUACCAUGUUUCUUGUAGGAUGACAAUGUCUGUAUUUCCGAUUUCUUUGGUGAAGUCCAGGCUCCUGCUCUUUAAGCCAAAGGCAGAUGACCUCAGGCCUUGCAUAUUCCAGGAUGAAAUAGUGAAGGCUUUCUGUUCCAUAAAGUGUCCAAUGUUGUUAGUCGUGUGGUUUGGCCUCAGACCAGUAUGUGUAAGCAGAGCCUGCUGAGCAUCUGGUACAUGCCAUUGGCUUGGGCUAGUGUAAGAGUGGGGGUUGGGGCUGUUUGCCUGCUCACGGCUUGGGCGUAUGUGUGACUUUCAUGUUGAGGCCCUCUUUGCGGGAGUGAGGGGCAUGGGGUGGGCAGGAGGGGCAUAGGUCUGAUCUGAGGGGGCCUAAAUGGGGUGUGGGCAUGGUUGACUUGGGGGGGUGUUAAUUUGUUGGGGUGUGGAUGUGGCUGAUGGUGCUGUGGUCUGGAUGUAGGUCCUCUCGGCGUGGGUCCUCUAUGUGUAGGUCCGGGGGGGGUGUCUGUUGAUCUGUUGCUCCUGUGUGAGGUGUUGGUCUCUCUCUCUCUCUCUCUCUGUGUCAGACAUCAAAGUGUUCAGUGUGUGUAUGUGAUCUGUGUGGUGGGUCCUGACACACUGCUCCCCUAAGUCCUGCUUCUGCUACCCCAAAGCAGGAGUGAGUGUGUGAGAUGAGUGUGUGUUGUUAGCCUGAUUCAUCUGACACACAGCCUCACUUCUGCUCCCCAAACACCUCUGUCGCAGCUGGAGAGAGUGUGUGUGUGUCUGGCCCCCCGAACUGGGGGGAAAAAAAGCUUAGCAUGGCUACAGAUGUCAGAUCUUAAUUUGACCCUUUUUGUCGCAGUAUGCUCGGGAGGCGAAGGUCAUGUCAUGCGUCCUCCAAAACAUGACCCGCCAAACCACACUUCUUAACACCCGCCCGCUUAACCCGGAAGCCGUUCAACUGACGACUGAGGUCAGCCUGCAGGCACCCGGCCCUCCACAAGGAGUCGCUAGAGCGUGAUGAGCCAAGUAAAGCUCAACUAAAUCGUCUUUGGCUCAAACGCAUACACACCUUGACAGCUUUACAAAAUGAAAUAUUAAAGCCCCACAAUACAGGCUUUCAGUCCACAACAAAGAAGACUUCAAAUGCCGUCAUCAAACUGAAAGUACAGUAGGCCUGUACUAUGCCAGCAGAGGCUGCUGACGAGAGAACGGCUGACAGUUUUAUCUCCAUCUCUUCAUUCAAAGACUCAAUCAUGGACACGUUUACUGACAGUUGUGGCUGUUUCAGGUGAUGUAUUGUUGUCUCUACCUUCUUGCCCUUUGUGCUGUUGUCUGUGCCCAAUAAUGUUUGUGCCAUGUCUUGUGCUGCUACCAUGUUGUGCUGCUGCCAUGUUGUGUUGCUACCAUGUUGUUUUCAUGUUGUGUUGCCACCAUGUUGUUUUCAUGUUGUGUUGCCACCAUGUUGUUUUCAUGUUGUGUUGCCACCAUGUUGUGUUGCUGCCAUGUUGUUUUCAUGUUGGGUUGCUGCCAUGUUGUUUUCAUGUUGUGUUGCUGCCAUGUUGUUUUCAUGUUGGGUUGCUGCCAUGUUGUUUUCAUGUUGGGUUGCUACCAUGUUGCUGUCAUGUUGUGUUGUCUUAGGUCUCUCUUUAUGUAGUGUUGUGGUGUCUCUCUUGUCGUGAUGUGUGUUUUGUCCUAUAUUUUAUUUAUUUUUAAUCCCAGCCCCCGUCCCCGCAGGAGGCCUUUUGCCUUUUGGUAGGCCAUCAUUGUAAAUAAGAAUUUGUUCUCAACUGACAUGCCUAGUUAAAUAAAGGUUAAAUAACGGUUAAAUAAAAAUAAAAAGAAUAAUGUCCGGAACGUAGCAAAUGGAAACAUGUUUGAUGUAUUUGAUACCAUUCCACUGACUCCGCUCCAGACCUUACCACGAGCCCGUUCUCCCUAAUUAAGGUGCCACCAACCUCCUUUGGCCUAUGCUACUGUAGCCGGCUCAUAACAGCUUAACAAUGAAGUUCACCUACUGUAAGGGCCACCCAGACCCUAUAGCAGAACUAUAUUGACAUUUACAUUACAUUUUAGUCAUUUAGCAGACGCUCUUUCCAGAGCGACUUACAGGAGCAAUUAGGGUUUAAGUGCCUUGCUCAAGGGCAAAUCGACAGAUUUUUCACCUAGUCGGCUCAGGGAUUAGAACCAGCGACCUUUCGGUUACUGGCACAACGCUCUUAACCACUAAGCCACCUGACAAAUUACACAUAGCCUAACUAUAGAACGGGGGCCAGCGUCCACACUGGAGGAAAGUUUAUUGUUCUACAGCAGGCCUACAUCUGUCAAUCAACUGAUGGUCCAAUCAGCUGAUCAACUCAGCCCGGGAAACACUGUAGCCUAUUAUGGGGUUUCACACCUUUCAUGAUGUCACAAUGGAUAGGCUAACGGGUAGCCUACAGAAUGUAUUGGAAUAGAGUCACAUAACAAGGGGGCCUAUUGCAACCGUCGAGGGCACUGGGUUAUCGCCAGCCGAUGUCUGUUAAACCAUCAAUACGCGCUAAAUUCACCCGCACAGCUGAUCUCAAUUGCAACCAUUAUCGGUCCCCUCCAUUACCGCUCCCUAAAAGAUUGACGGUGUUACCCUUAGUCCUGCUUGCAACCAAAGUCUUUCAAGAUAUGUUCGCCCUCUGAUUGGUAUUGUAAUCAGAACAACUUAGUCCUUUUUGAACAGGCUAAGGGCGAUUUAUCUAUUUGACAAGCAUUCCAUACAAUAGAAAUCAAGUAUUUAUUCGUUUAACACUGCAAAUCUACUGUGGCAAUUUACCCGACACAUUGUAUGAAUGAAAACUAAUGUUGGUGUCAGGAUUGGGGUCAAUUCCAUUUCAAUUCCAGUCAAUUCAGGAAGUACACUGAAAUUCUAAAACCAAUUCUCUUCAAUGCGUUUCAAUGGGAAAAAUGAGAAAUUUGAAUUUGGUUUACUUUCUGAAUUUAAAUGGUGUUGACCCCAGCCCUGGUUGGGUAGUAUACUGUUAAUAUUUUAUUUGUUUCCUAUUUCAGUUAUCAUUUAAAUACAACUGUCUUUCAAAAUAAAAGUGUCUGGUAUGGUCAUUUCUUAUCAAGAUCGGGGGUAAAAUAUCCCUGGACUGUCCAUAUUUUAAAUGAUUGAGUUAUUUGUGCCAGAAGAGGAGGGGCCGGAAUCGAGCCCGCGCUGAUACGGUAGGUCUAUAUGUUCGCGCUGAAGGCAGCGGCCCUAACCGAUACACCACCCCAGGCCACGAUUGAACUACAUUUUGACAGAUGAUUCAUAACCUUUGUAGGGAGGAUGAUUUUGAUAGUUGGCACUGGUCCUCAUUGACUCGACUGCCCCCCCGCAUGGAGAGAAAGAGAACUGCUGGUUUUUUAGUGAACAAAUCUAAAAUCACGAGGCUCAUUUGAAUUUCAUGUUGCGCAGGAAAAUGAAUUAAGAUCUGACAUCUGUAGGUGCAACGUUCAGAUCUACACAAGAUUCUACAGUAGGAGUUAGUGAUGGGGAGGGAGAGGGGGGUUCACUUGAGGCCACUUGGUGUUCGUUUACAAUCAACUUCCUCUUCUCUUCCUGUACCCUACAAUGCUCAUUGUGACAUCAUAUCCGCUUUCCUCCCUCUUGUGUUUCUGUCAAAAUGGUCCACAGAAAAGGGAGCUACCCACUGGGCCCAGACGUCAGUUCAACGUCUAGUUUUGAUUCACAUUUGAUUAAGUUGUCCACUAAUGUGAAUUCAAUAAAAAUGUUUAACCAGUCAGUGGAUUUAGGUUCAAAGUUAGAGGGGAGAAAAAAAAGAAAACAUUCCCCAAAUUCCAUUACGUUGAUGACUUUUUGCUAAUCCAAUCAGUUUUCCACGUUGAUUCAACGUCACCACAUUUAGAUUUUUUGUUGUUGAAAUGACGUGGAAGCAACGUAGAUUUAGCAAAUUUGUGUCCAGUUGGAAGGGGUUGUUUCUGUACAGGGCCAAAAUGGGAUUAUUGACUUGUCAUUUUAGGAUCCAGGUUGUUGUGAUGUCAUAUCCUGUCUCUCUCUCUCUCUCUCUCUCUCCCCCAGUCGGUGCUGUUGCUAGGCGGAAUAGCGUUGGUGUGUCUGGCUCUGGACCUCCUCUUCCUCCUCUUCUACUCUUUCUGGCUGUGUUGCCGACGACGCAAGAACCAUGACGACACACACUCUCACUCACACACACACACACACCAGCCCCCCAACCCUGACUGCUGCUGUACCGCCUGGUGCGUCAUCAUCGCCACGCUCGUCUGCAGGUUAGUGGUAACACACACACACACACACACACACACACACACACACACACACACACACACAGGGCUGUACACGGAUGCACACACACACACCAACGUACGCAUGCACACUAACACACACACACACACAAACACAAACACAAACACAUGUACACAAUCAGGGAGGGAGGGAGAUUAUACACUGAGUAUACAAAACAUUAUGAACACCUGCUCUUUCCAUGACAUAGACUGACCAGGUGAAUCCAGGUGAAAGAUAUGAUCCCUUAUUGAUGUCACUUAUUAAAUCCACUUCAGUCAGUGUAGAUGAAGGGGAGGAGACAGGUUAAAGAAUGAUUUUUAAGCCUUGAGACAAUUGAGACAUGGAUUGUGUAUGUGUGCCAUUCAGAGAUGCCUUUGAACAGGGUAUGGUAGUAGGUGUCAGGUGCACCGGUUUGUGUCAAGAACUGCAAUGCUGCUGGGUUUUUCACGCUCAACAGUUUCCCGUGUGUAUCAAGAAUGGUCCACCACCCAAAGGACAUCCAGCCAACUUGACAUAACUGUAGGAAGCAUUGGAGUCAACAUGGGCCAGCAUCCCUGUGGAACGCUUUCAACACCUUGUAGAGUCCAUGCCCCGAUGAAUUGAGGCUGUUCUGAGGGCUAAAGGGGGUGCAACUCAAUAUUAGGAAGGUGUUCCUAAUGUUUUGUACACUCAGCGUAUAGUAUUCUCUAUAAGGCUAUAAUCCACCAGUCUGUUGUAGAUAGUUCAGUUCUGUGAGGAAGAAGAUGAUGCAACUAUAACAGUUCCUCUCCUCUUCCUGGAUUAUUCACACACCUGAUUGGUUGUUCAAUUGUCGAAGGAUUUCUGUUCUUAAUUGGUUUCCCAUUGUUGACGAUGUCAGAAGCAAACAUUUGAUUGGUUUCUGUAUUUGUUGUUGAUGACUCUAGUCUCAAAAUGGUGCCCUAUUCCCAAAAUAGCUGCUUUUGACUAGAGUGAGGGCACUAAAUAGGGAAUAGUGUGCCAUUUGUGAUGCAGACUUAGAUUUGAUCUCUUCCCCCGCCCCCCCCCCCAGGCUGUGGCUAAUCCUACUACGGCCUUGUGCGUGUAGAUCACUAUACUAUAGAUCACUAUACUAUAGAUCACUAUACUGUAGAUCACUAUACUAUAGAUCACUAUACUGUAGAUAACUAUACUGUAGAUAACUAUACUAUAGAUCACUAUACUGUAGAUCACUAUACUAUAGAUCACUAUACUGUAGAUCACUAUACUGUAGAUCACUAUAAUGUAGAUCACUAUACUGUAGAUCACUAUACUGUAGAUCACUAUACUGUAGAUCACUAUACUGGUAGAUCCUAGAUAGAUCACUAUACUAUAGAUCACUAUACUAUAGAUCACUAUACUAUAGAUCACUAUACUAUAGAUCCACUAUACUGUAGAUCACAUAACGUAGAUCACUAUACUGUAGAUCACUAUACUGUAGAUCACUAUACUAUAGAUCACUAUACUGUAGAUCACUAUACUAUAGAUCACUAUACUGUAGAUCACUAUACUGUAGAUCACUAUACUAUAGAUCACUAUACUAUAGAUCACUAUACUGUAGAUCACUAUACUAUUGAUCACUAUACUGUAGAUCACUAUACUGUGAUCACUAUACUGUAGAUCACCUAAUACUAUAGAUCACUAUACUAUAGAUCACUAUACUAUAGAAUCACUAUACUGUAGAUCACUAUACUAGAGAUCACUAUACCUGUAGGAUCACGAUACAUAGAUCACUAUACUGGAGAUCACUAUGCCUAUAGAUCACUUAUACGAUAGACACUAUACUAUAGAGCACUAUACUGUAGAUACUAUACUAUAGAUCACUAGACGAUAGAUCACUAUACUAUAGAUCAAUUAACGUAUGGAGAGAGAUGUAUGGAGAGAGAUGUAUGGAGAGAGAUGUAUGGAGAGAGACGUAUGGAGAGAGACGUAUGGAGAGAGACGUAUAGAGAGAGAGAUGUAUGGAGAGAGAUGUAUGGAGAGAGACGUUAGAGAGAGAUGGUGAGAGAGACGUAUGGAGAGAGACGUAUGGAGAGAGACGUAUGGAGAGAGACGUAUGGAGAGAGACGUAUGGAGAGAGACGUAUGGAGAGAGACGUAUGGAGAGGGAGAGAAGGAUGGAGGUAGAGCGGAGGGAGAGGAGGGACAGAGUCUGAAUAUGAUUGAAGAGGACUUCAGAGAAGACUGGUGAAGUCAUAUCUGUUAAAGAUAGUGUGUGUGUCUCUCUCUCUCUCUCUCUCUGUCUCUCUCUCUGUCUCUCUCUCGUCUCUUCCCCUCUCUCUCUUCUCUCUCUCUCUUGUGCUCUGUGUCUCUGUGUGUGUCUCUGUUGUGUCUCUGUUGUGUGUUUGCUUCAAAGGCCUCUACAUCUAAACUAAAAAGCGUAAGUGUAUUUUUGGGGGUAAAUCUGUUUAAACCUUUAAAGGCCUUGGGGGACAUAGCCUGUACUGUACUGCAGAAAGAAAUGUCCAUGAAAAUGAUCUGGAAUUUGGAGGAACUGGCCCAGUUUCAGUAGCACAGUUGGAAGCUGAAAACUGCUGAUCGGUACAGUAUACUGUUAGGUAAUCAGUUCCGUAUUUUGGGGAAAAUCCCUGGAAUUUCAGUGUUUAUAGAACCGUUUCUACACCAGGUCGUUGACCCUGUAACCAUAGUAACAGGGCCAGGAGGGGAGUGAGAGAGAAUCUGCAGUGACUUGUUUAGGUUCUCCCCCCCCCCCCCCCCCCCCCACCUCUCUCUCUCGCUCUCUCUCUCUGUCGCCCCCCCCCCCUCUCCCCCCAUCCCUCUCUCUCAGAUAAACAAGUGUAUUCUGUCUGUUCCGUGUGAAACAGUGUGAUAAUGUGAAACAGUGUGAUGUCAGAUUAGCCCAGUGUUUCUGAAAUAGAUGAUUUAGGUCAUAUUGGACCCUUUGGCUGGCUGGUGUUCACACGCGCACACACUCACUCACUCACACACACACACACAAACAACACACACACACCACACACACACACACACAAGCACGUUAUCGUCACACCCUUCUACACUGACUUGCAUCUCCCUUGGCAAACACAUAUCAAACACUGCACUCUGCUGCUCUCUCUCUCUCUCUCUCUCCCUCUCUCUCUCUCUCUCUCUCUCUGUCUCUCUCGCUCUCUCUCUCUCUCGCUCUCUCUCUCUCCCUCUUUCUUUCUCCCUGUCUCUCUCUCUUUAUUUCUCUGUAUCGUUCUGUCUCUGUUCUCUCUGGCCUAGAAAGGUUGCCAUGGAGACAGCAGCAGAUUUAAUGCAGAGAUGGCAGAUUAAUUAUAUAGUGAAGAGACAGGGAGCUGUGUGUGUGUGUGUGUGUGUGUGUGUGUGUGUGUGUGUGUGUGUGAGUGUGACUGGUGACUCAGUGGUAGAGAUGUGUUUUGCAGGUUUAAAUAUUUUAUGAUUAACUGUAAUAGUUGAUGUUAAAUAUUUGAUAUCGAGCUCUUUCUCGCUCUGUCUCUCUCUGGGUGUCUGUCUGUCUCUCUCUCUGGAUGUCUGUCUGCCUCUCUCUGGAUGUCUGUCUGUCUCUCUCUGGAUGUCUGUCUGCCUCUCUCUGGAUGUCUGUCUGUCUCUCUCUCUGGGUGUCUGUCUGUCUCUCUCUCUGGAUGUCUGUCUGUCUCUCUCUCUGGAUGUCUGUCUCCUUCUUCCGAUAUUUGUUGUUAGUUGGUUGCCGUGGGGGUUGUUUACCGGGUCUUUCUGGGCCCAUGUGACCAAUCACAUGGAAUCACUGUCAUUUGAAGACAGGAUAGAUUGACUCUGUAAGUCUCUAUAAGUCUCUAUAGGCCUAUGACUGUAACGGUCCCAUGGGCUAACUAAUUAUAUGUAGGGCUUGACAUUUUUGGUUCAAGUAGGAUAGAUUUUUUUACUUGUCCAUAGCUCGUCACUUGUCGUCGCUCCCCCCCCCCCAAAAAAAGGUCUGUAGCACAAUUUUUACAUCAUUGUAUGAUGCAAGGAACCACUUUACAAAAUAAAUGCAUUACUAUAUUUUUUUACCAUAGAGAAUCAGACAACAAUGUAGCGUAUUGGCUUCUUUGCAUAUUCAAGCCUGUCUCAAAAUACAUCACUGCCCCUUUUAAGGCUCUUCUGGAGGAUGGUUGGUCACCCUUGGUAGCCUACAAAAUAUUGCAACAUUACAGUUACAACCAAAUCAUUUUUAUGUCUUUAUAAAAUAAUUUCCCCUCCAGGGCUAGAAAUUAAGGGCGCCCUGUCGUCCAAUGGGAUGAUACAAAAUAUGUAUACGGUUUAAGACCGACUCUGGGAUGACAGAUCCUAAAUUCAUACAACCACUGCACAUAAUAAAUAAAUAAAUAAAUAAAUAAGCAAUGAGGCUGAUGCAACUGAUCAGACCGUUUAGCUUAAAAUGUUGAUAAAGUUGUUUUUUUCUUCAUAUUAUAAGCUCAACAAUGCACACGUGGCUGUAGGCUGUGCACAAAUGUUCCAAAAUGCAGUUGGCGGGAAAACACUGUUCUCAAAAGCGCACCGCACACAUGAGCGGUUUCAUGUGGCAGAGAUUAAAAUAUCCAUUGGAAAAUGAAGAAAGGGGAGAUCUAAAGAUGCAUCUACUAACUAGGGGUUGGCUAUUAUGACGAGGAUUAUGCCUGCUGGACAAUAAAAUAACGUUGAUUUGAAAACCAAUAGAACAUGAGAAACAUGCUGGUUUCAAUGGCAUAUUAAGUGGUCCUCUGUAGCUCAGCUGGUAGAGCACAGCGUUUGUAACGCCAAGGUAGUGGGUUCGAUCCCCGGGACCACCCAUACACAAAAAUUGUAUGCACGCAUGACUCUAAGUCGCUUUGGAUAAAAGCGUCUGCUAAAUGGCAUAUUAAAUAUUAUAUUAUAUAUUAUUGUAUUAUAUUAAGUGUUUAUGAAAUAAUUCCCUCAACAUUUUUAUGGUCAUAUUUUGGCUACAUUGAAACAAGGUAAGACAUGUUUUAAACAAUUAAGUUUAUGGUUAAAUAGUUUCAAAAUGCUGACCGCCUCCGCUCAGAUUCAAGGUGGGUGAUGUGCGGUGCUCAACAGGCACUGUCCUUCACUCUCCGGUCUUCUGACCAUUUGAUCCGAAUGAACCGUGCCUCGAGAAUCAAGCCUUUAGACGUUUAAUGUUAAUUAUCCUUCAUUAUAUUUGUCAAACAUGACUGGCGUUAAGCCUAUGUUUAUGUAUUUAAAACUCAUUCAAGUUUGGCUCCGUUUUCUGGCGACUCCCUCAUGUCAGCAUGGGUUUGGACAUGAGGUUUUAGUCAAUAUGCAGAUCAUUUUCACUUUGACAUCUAGGCUUUUUUAUUUAUGUACAUGGAAAAAUAGAUUUGAAAAUAAUUCCGAUGUUGGCCUCUGAUCCAAUUCUGAUCAGAGGAAUUGUUUGAUAUUGUGAUUUUUUUUUUUUUACUUAAAUCUAUAUUCUUCUUGUCCGAGUAUUUUCUUUACUUUACUGAGAUGUUUUUGAGAUGGGAUGUGAAGUUUGGAGAGGAAGCAUAACACAGCAUACACACGGGAAACUGUUGAGCGUGAAAAACCCAGCAGCGUUGCAAUUCUUGACACAAACCGAUGCGCCUGGCACCUUCUACCAUACCCCGUUCAAAGGCACUUCAAUCUUUUGUCUUGCCCAUUCACCCUCUGAAUGGCACACAUACAGUGGGGGAAAAAAGUAUUUAGUCAGCCACCAAUUGUUGACGUGUACCUAUGAUGAAAAUUACAGGCCUCUCUCAUCUUUUUAAGUGGGAGAACUUGCACAAUUGGUGGCUGACUAAAUACUUUUUUUCCCCCACUGUACACAAUCCAUGUCUCAAGGCUUAAAAAUCCUUCUUUAACCUGUCUCCUCCCCUUCAUCUACACGGAUGGAAGUGGAUUCAAUAAGGGAUCAUAUCUUUCACCUGAAUUCACCUGGUCAGUCAUGUUCCUCCUGGUGUUUUGUACACUCACUACGUACUCCUCUGUCACUGUUUCUGAGGCAACAGUGGCACUGACCUCACAGAGUGAGAGAACAAGCUUUUACUUAUCCUUCUGUCUCUCUCUCUCUCUCUCUCUCUCUCCAUUUCUCUUCUCUCUCUCUUUCUCUCUCCCCCGUCCUCUCUCUCUCCGAGUAGAGAGAAGAGAGAGCAUUCAAGGAGAGAUGAUAAGACGAGAGGAGAUAGAAGGAGUGAGAUAAAGAGAGAAGGGAGAGGGAGGAGAGAGAGCUAAGGAAAGACAGAGGGGAUAGAGGAGAUUUGUUUGAGUCUCCCUCCCCAUUCCUUCCAUUAUCUAGCAUACACACGGUUUGCUCCCCUACUCUCACCAAUCACGCCCAACCCCUCCCUCCUCCCCUCCCUCCUCCCUCCCUCCCUCCCUCCCCCCCUCUGAUUAAACGACAGAGCUCUUAAUGGUUGGACACAACACACACGGACAGGGUUUAACAGGGGGGUACUGUAGUUAAUGGUGUACAAUAAAGUGCUAUAAUGAUGGUUAUAAAUUGUCCAGUAUAAAUGUGUGUUGGACAGUUAGCCUACACAAGACCUCAUGACAGACUGAGACAGACAGAGGAGUGGUUAGUGGGGAUGAUCACCCUCCCUCCACAGUGUGUCUGUGCGUUAGUCCAUGUGAGUGAGGCUGCUGUUUAGAGAGAGGGGGGAGAAGGGGCCAGCGGGAGAAAAGAGGGGCACAGGAUGGAGGGAGGGAGAGAAGGGGGUGCCCGUGUGUGUGUGUGUGUGUGUGUCGGAGCCAGAGAUGCAGAAUAAUCACAUUAUGUGCGGUCUGGCGACCUGGCCAUUGUCCAGCCAUAGUGUGUGUGUGGUUCCUGGUAGUCCUAUAGGUGUAGGGAGAGAAUGGGGUCAUAGCUGUGUCUGUCUGUCUGUCUGUCCUGUCUGUCCUGUCUGUCCUGUCCUGUCCUGUCCUGUCCUGUCCUGUCCGUCUGUCUGUCUGUCUGUCUGUCUGUCUGUCUGUCUGUCUGUCUGUCUGUCUGUCUGUCUGUCUGUCUGUCUGUCUGUCUGUCUGUCUGUCUGUCUGUCUGUCUGUCUGUCUGUCUGUCUGUCUGUCUGUCUGUCUGUCUGUCUGUCUGUCUGUCUGUCUGUCUGUCUGUCUGUCUGUCUGUCUGUCUGUCUGUCUGUCUGUCUCUCUGACUGUCUGUCUGUCUGUCUGUCUGUCUGUCGGGUCUCUCUGUCGGGUCUCUCUGUCGUGUCUCUCUGACUGUCUGUCUGUCUGUCUGUCUGUCUGUCUGUCUGUCUGUCUCUCUGACUGUCUCUCUGUCUGUCUGUCUGUCUGUCUGUCUGUCUGUCUGUCUCCUGCUGGUGGGGAGAUGGAACAGCAAACACACAGCAGCAGCUUGACUGGGUCUGUGUGUGUGAUAUCGCCAAUGAGAUAACACUUCCUGUGAUAUCGCCAAUGAGAUAACACUUCCUGUGAUAUCGGGCGAUGAGAUAACACUUCCUGCUUCCUGUCUCUUCCGCAGUGCCGGCAUCGCCGUGGGUUUCUAUGGAAACGGGGAGUCAUGUGACGGAGCCAACCGCCUGGUGUAUUCUCUACGGCACGCCAACCGCACCGUGGCAGGGGUCGGCAAACUGGUGGGACAAACACACACAAUAACCACACAGAGCGCUAACAUCCCUCCACUUUCACCCUACCACACAGAGCGCUAACAUCCCUCCACUUUCACCCUACCACACAGAGCGCUAACAUCCCUCCACUUUCACCCUACCACACAGAGCGCUAACAUCCCUCCACUUUCACCCUUCCUUUCAAGACCUUCAAGAUUCCAAAAAAACACUCACAAAUGUGUGUCUGUCUGUCUCUCUCUCUCUCUCUAGGUGGCGGACAGUGCCCUGUCUCUGAACCAGACAGUGGAGGGAGGUCUGGUCCAGUUGGAGACGGCCUACUCUGAACAGACUGACUAUGUGUCCAUCGUCCAGAAGCUACAGGGUCAGCUGGAUGAACUGGUUAGACUGAUGGUGGACAUACCCUUCUGGAGUACCUCUGAUAUCUCACUGGAGGACCUGGCCAUCAAGACUGAAGCCUUUGACUGGUACAGGUGGGUUAGAGCUGUUUAAAGGUAGUAUACAGUGGGGGAAAAAGUUUUUAGUCAGCCACCAAUUGUGCAAGUUCUCCCACUUAAAAAGAUGAGAGAGGCCUGUAAUUUUCAUCAUAGGUACACGUCAACUAUGACAGACAAAUUGAGCAUUUUUUUUCCAGAAAAUCACAUUGUAGGAUUUGUAAUGAAUUUAUUUGCAAAUUAUGGUGGAAAAUAAGUAUUUGGUCACCUACAAACAAGCAAGAUUUCUGGCUCUCAAAGACCUGCAACUUCUUCUUUAAGAGGCUCCUCUGUCCUCCACUCGUUACCUGUAUUAAUGGCACCUGUUUGAACUAGUUAUCAGUAUAAAAGACACCUGUCCACAACCUCAAACAGUCACACUCCAAACUCCACUAUGGCCAAGACCAAAGAGCUGUCAAAGGACACCAGAAACAAAAUUGUAGACCUGCACCAGGCUGGGAAGACUGAAUCUGCAAUAGGUAAGCAGCUUGGUUUGAAGAAAUCAACUGUGGGAGCAAUUAUUAGGAAAUGGAAGACAUACAAGACCACUGAUAAUCUCCCUCGAUCUGGGGCUCCACGCAAGAUCUCACCCUGUGGGGUCAAAAUGAUCACAAGAGCGGUGAGCAAAAAUCCCAGAACCACACGGGGGGACCUAGUGAAUGACCUGCAGAGAGCUGGGACCAAAGUAACAAAGCCUACCAUCAGUAACACACUACGCCGCCAGGGACUCAAAUCCUGCAGUGCAAGACGUGUCCCCCUGCUUAAGCCAGUACAUGUCCAGGCCCGUCUGAAGUUUGCUAGAGUGCAUUUGGAUGAUCCAGAAGAGGAUUGGGAGAAUGUCAUAUGGUCAGAUGAAACCAAAAUAGAACUGUUUGGUAAAAACUCAACUCGUCGUGUUUGGAGGACAAAGAAUGCUGAGUUGCAUCCAAAGAACACCAUACCUACUGUGAAGCAUGGGUGUGGAAACAUCAUGCUUUGGGGCUGUUUUUCUGCAAAGGGACCAGGACGACUGAUCCGUGUAAAGGAAAGACUGAAUGGGGCCAUGUAUCGUGAGAUUUUGAGUGAAAACCUCCUUCCAUCAGCAAGGGCAUUGAAGAUGAAAGUGGCUGGGUCUUUCAGCAUGACAAUGAUCCCAAACACACCGCCCGGGCAACGAAGGAGUGGCUUCGUAAGAAGCAUUUCAAGGUCCUGGAGUGGCCUAGCCAGUCUCCAGAUCUCAACCCCAUAGAAAAUCUUUGGAGGGAGUUGAAAGUCUGUGUUGCCCAGCGACAGCCCCAAAACAUCACUGCUCUAGAGGAGAUCUGCAUGGAGGAAUGGGCCAAAAUACCAGCAACAGUGUGUGAAAACCUUGUGAAGACUUACAGAAAACAUUUGACCUGUGUCAUUGCCAACAAAGGGUAUAUAACAAAGUAUUGAGAAACUUUUGUUAUUGACCAAAUACUUAUUUUCCACCAUAAUUUGCAAAUAAAUUCAUAAAAAAUCCUACAAUGUGAUUUUCUGGAAAAAAAAUUCUCAUUUUGUCUGUCAUAGUUGACGUGUACCUAUGAUUAAAAUUAAAGGCCUCUCUCAUCUUUUUAAGUGGGAGAACUUGCUCAAUUGGUGGCUGACUAAAUACUUUUUUUCCCCACUGUAUAUGUUUAGUAUUAUAGUUAUAUCUUCUGGGGUAACUGAAGACCUGCCUCUGUGUUAUAUAUUGUGUUAUUUAUUUCCAGGUGGCUGGUGAACCUGACUCUGCUAUAUAUUGUGUUAUAUGGUGCAUUCGGAAAGUAUUCAGACCCCUUGACUUUUUUAACAUUUUGUUACGUUACAGCCUGAUUCUAAAAUGUAUUAAAUAGUUUGUUUCCCUCAUCAAUCUACAGACAAUACCCCAUAAUGACAAAGCAGAAACAGGUUUUAUACAUUUUUGCUAAUUUAUUUAAAAGAUUAACCUGAAAUAUCACAUUUACAUAAGUAUUCAGACCCUUUACUCAGUACUUUGUUGAAGCACCUUUGGCAGCAUUUACAGCCUCGAGUCUUCUUGGGUAUGACGCUACAAGCUUGGCACACCUGUAUUUGAGGAGUUUCUCCCAUUCUUCUCUGCAGAUCCUCUCAAGCUCUGUCAGGUUGGAUGGGGAGCGUUGCUGCACAGCUAUUUUCAGGUCUCUCCAGAGAUGUUCGAUCGGGUUCAAGUCCGGGCUCUGGCUGUGACACUCAAGGGCAUUCAGAGACUUGUCCCGAAGCCACUCCUGCGUUGUCUUGGCUGUGUGCUUAGGAUCGUUGUCCUGUUGGAAGGUGAACCUUCAGCCCCAGUCUGGGUCCUGAGCGCUCUGGAGCAGGUUUUCAUCAAGGAUCUCUCUGUACUUUGCUCCGUUCAUCUUUGCCUCGAUCCUGAUUAGUCUCCCAGUCCCUGCCGCUUAAAAACAUCCCCACAGCAUGAUGCUGCCACCACCAUGCUUCACUGGUCAUCAGACCAGAUAAUCUUGUUUCUCAUGGUCUGAGAGUCUUUAGGUGCCUUUUGGCAAACUCCAAGCAGGCUGUCAUGUGUCUUUUACUGAGGAGUGGCUUCCGUCUGGCCACUCUACCAUAAAGGCCUGAUUGGUGGAGUGCUGCAGAAAUGGUUGUCCUUCUGGAAGGUUCUCCCAUCUCCACAGACGAACUCUGGAGCUCUGUCAGAGUGACCAUCGGGUUCUUGGUCACCUCCCUUACCAAGGCCCUUCUCCCCCAAUUGCUCAGUUUGGCCGGGCGGCCAGCUCUAGGAAGAGUCUUGGUGGUUCCAAACUUCUUCCAUUUAAGAAUGAUGGAGGCCACUGUGUUUUUGGGGACCUUCAAUGCUGCAGAAAUGUUUUGGUACCCUUCCCCAGAUCUGUGCCUCAACACAAUCCUGUCUCGGAGCUCUAUGGACAAUUCCUUCGACCUCAUGGCUUGGUUUUUGCUCUGACAUGCACUGUCAACUGUGGGACUGUAUAUAGACAGGUGUGUGCCUUUCCAAAUCAUGUCCAAUCAGUUGAAUUUACCACAGGUGGACUCCAAUCAAGUUGUAGAAACAUCUCAAGGAUGAUCAAUGGAAACAGGAAGCUCAAUUUCGAGUCUCAUAGCAAAGGGUCUGAAUACUUAUGUAAAGAAGGUAUUUCUGUUCUUUAUUUUUAAUACAUUUGCAAAAAUAUCUAAAAACCUGUUUUCGCUUUGUCGUUAUGGGGUAUUUGGGUGUAGAUUUAUGAGGAAAAUAAUUAAUUUAAUCCAUUUUAGAAUAAGGCUGUAACAUAAUGUGGGAAAAGUCAAGGGGGUCUGAAAUCCUUUUCAAAUGCACUGUAUUGUGUUAUAUAUUGUGUUUUAUAUAUUUCCAGGUGGCUGGUGUACCUGACUCUGCUGCUCUUUGAUGUUCUGAUUUGUCUGCUGGUUCUGUUCGGACUGAUACGCAACUCUAAAGGCACUCUGAUUGGGUGAGCCACACCACAUGACGACCACAGAGAACUCUGAUUGGCUACCAGAAAGAUGGGAUGGAGGGAAAGAGAUAGGUCUGAGAGAGAGAAUUGAAUGAGGACAGGGAGAAGGAAAAUGAGUAGAAAAUAGUUACUAGUUAGAGGGGACAAGAAUAUGAGAGAGAAGGGGAGAGAGUAGCUGGUAGAGAGGAGAGAGAGAGGGAGAGAGGAGCUGGUAGAGAGAGAGAGAGAGGGGAGAGAGGAGCUGGUAAAGAGAGAGAGAGAAGGGGGGAGAGGAGCUGGUAGAGAGAGACAAAGAAGGGGAGAGAGGAGCUGGUAGAGAGAGAGAGAAGGGGAGAGAGGAGCUGGUAGAGCGAGAGAAGGGGAGAGAGGAGCUGGUAGAGAGAGAGGGGGAGAGAGGAGCUGGUAGAAGAGAGAAGGGGGAGAGAGGAGCUGGUAGAGAGAGAGAGGAAGGGGGAGAGAGGAGUGGUGGAGAGAGAGAGAAGGGAGGAGAGAGAGGGAGAUGGUAGGAGGGGGAGAGGAAGGGGAGAGAGGAGCUGGUGAGAGGAGCAACAAGAAGGGGAAAAGAAAAGGAGUGGAGAGAGAGUGAGAAGGGGAGUGGAAAGAGAGAGAGAGGAGAGAUGAGAGAGGAGGGAGGUCAAGAGGAUUGAGGAGAACAAAGGUAAAGACGAGGAUGGUGGGGGUAGAAGACGCUAACCGGCAGGGGAGAAAGACGAGGAUGGCUGUUAAGGUGACGAGACGAGUGGUAGAAAGAGAAGCAGUGGAGUGAAAGAGAGGUCGGGGUGGAGGAAAAGAGAGAGAGAGAGGAGAGAAGAAGAAGAGAGAGAGAAGGUGGAGAGAGAAGAGAGAGAGAGAGAGAGAGGGAGAGAGAGGAAGAGCGAGAGAUGAAGAGGGGAGUGAGAGACACAAUUAACACCAUCGGGAGAUAUGACAGGGUGAACAUGCGGAUCAAACGAAGAACCCAGAGAGAGGGGAAUAAAACACAUAAGCAGAGAGUCACAGAGGGAGAAACAGAGGACAGGGGAAGGAAAGAGAGAGAAUAAGGAGAAAGAGAGAGAGAAGAGAAAAAGAGAGAGAAACAAAGAAGCGCGAGAAAAGAGAGAAAAGCAGAGGAAGAGAAAAAAAGAGCCGAGAGACGAGAGAGAGCUAGCCGAGAGAGAUCGAGCGAAGAGCGAGAGAGAGUAGAGAAUCGCGAUAUACACUCUCCCUUCUAUCCCUAUCAAACACAACUAUAUUCCAUUCAGCCUCUCCUCUCCCCACUCCCACCCUUUCUCCCCUCUCUCUCUCUCCCCUCUCUCUCUCCCCUCUCCCCUCUCUCUCUCUCUCUCUCAGGGUGUGUUUGUUGGGUGUUCUGACUCUCGUCAUCAGCUGGGGGUCUCUGGGACUGGAGCUGGCAGCUGCCGCGGUGAGUGUCUCCAUGGAAACGUGUCGCUAGGACAACGGCAGUUUAUUUUGACAUUACAUAAUUUCACUGGAUUUCUAUUGGCUUAGACAAAGUAGUGCAGAUAAUUAAUAUGUAAAGUCAAUCCAAGUGACAAUCACCCUUAAGAUCUAAGAUACCUUACUUUCAAUUUGAUCUGUACUGUAUGUUUGGUUGUGGUUGUGUUGUGGUUAUGUUGUGAUUGUUUUGUGGUAAUGUUGUGAUUGUGUUGUGGUUAUGUUGUGAUUUUUUUUAGUGGUUAUGUUGUGUGUGGCUGUAUUGUGGUUGUCCGAUGGUCAUAUGGCCUCUCCUUCACAGACGGCCAGCGACUUCUGCGUUUCCCCGGAUACUUACAUCACCAGGGUAACCAAGGAGAACGCUGUCAUCAACCAAGGUAGGGGAACGAGGGAAGGACCAAGCUGGAUGGAAGGAGUUGGAGACUGAAAGAUAGAUGGAGAAAGGGACUGAAGGACAGGGGGAAGUGAUGGAUGGAUGGAAGGAGUUGGAGACUGAAAGAUAGAUGGAGAAAGGGACUGAAGUACAGGGGGAAGUGAUGGAUGCAUCUCUGUCCUCUGGGGUCCAUCAACCUUCACCCUGACUCUGAUCUCACCACUGUGUGUGUUCCACUGGGGAAUAUAUAUGAUUGACAGUUUGCUAUCUGAAAGCCCUAUCUCUCUGUGGCUGUUUAACGCUCCAGCAACUCUUCUCUCUCCUGACUGUGUGUGUGUGUAUCCUUCAUCUUUUCAUUCAAGCUAUUGUCUUAUUAUCGACCUCCGUCUUAUUAUCUACCUCCGUCUUAUUAUCGACCUCCGUCUUAUUAUCUACCUCCGUCUUAUUAUCGACCUCCGUCUUAUUAUCUACCUCCGUCUUAUUAUCGACCUCCGUCUUAUUAUCUACCUCCGUCUUAUUAUCGACCUCCGUCUUAUUAUCUACCUCCGUCUUAUUAUCGACCUCCGUCUUAUUACCGACCUCCGUCUUAUUACCGACCUCAGUAUUAUUACCGACCUCCGUCUUAUUACCGACCUCCGUCUUAUUACCGACCUCCGUCUUAUUACCGACCUCCGUAUUAUUAAUGCAGUCAGUCUGUCCAGAGUGAGCUUAUCUCAUUAUUCUACCCUCCUCUCUCCUUAUUAUUAUUAGUAUUAUUCAUUUUAGUAUUAUUUAUUAGUAUUAGUAGUAUUAUUAGUAUUAGUAAAAUGUAUUAGUAUUAUUAUUAGUAUUAGUAUUUUACAAUGGCUUUUUUUUCUUCUUCUCCCAGACAAUUGGCCAGUUUUAUUUAUCGUUUUUUUUUUUUUUUAAUCAGCCAAAAGCCGGCUAUUACCGGCUAACAGAAGCCCUUGUGGGUUGGGUUGGGUUGGGUUGGGUUGGGUGUUUACAUUGGGGUUGAUAGUCUUGCUCAGCAGCCUGUUUCAGUUCAUGUUUGUUUGUUCCUUAUCAGUCUGAGUUUUAAUCAUUUACUGAUGCAUUUACUGAUGCAUUAUAACUCGUUUUUCAACCACUCCACAAAUGUCUUGUUAACAAACUAUAGUUUUGGCAAGUUGGUUAGGACAUCUACUUUGUGCAUGACACAAGUAAUUUUUCCAACAAUUGUUUACAGAUACAUUAUUUCACUUAUAAUUCACUGUAUCACAAUUCCAGUGGGUCAGAAGUUUACAUACACUAACUUGACUAUGCCUUUAAAUGGCUUGGAAAAUUCCAGAAAAUGAUGUCAUGGGUUUAGAAGCUUCUGAUAGGCUAAUUGACAUCAUUUGAGUCAAUUGGAGGUGUACCUGUUGAUAUAUUUCAAGGCCUACCUUCAAACUCAGUGUCUCUUUGCUUGACAUCAUGGGAAAAUCAAAAGAAAUCAGCCAAGACCUCAGAAAACAAUUUGUAGACCUCCACAAGUCUGGUUCAUCCUUGGGAGCAAUUUCCAAACGCCUGAAGGUACCACGUUCAUCUGUACAAACAAUAGUACGCAAGUAUAAACACCAUGGGACCACGCAGCCGUCAUACCGCUCAGGAAGGAGACGCGUUCUGUCUCCUAGAGAUGAACAUACUUUGGUGCGAAAAGUGCAAAUCAAUCCCAGAACAAUAGCAAAGGACCUUGUGAAGAUGCUGGAGGAAACAGAUACAAAAGUAUCUAUAUCCACAGUAAAACGAGUCCUAUAUCGACAUAACCUGAAAGGCCGCUCAGCAAGGAAGAAGCCACUGCUCCAAAACCGUCAUUAAAAAGCCAGACUACGGUUUGCAACUGCACAUGGGGACAAAGAUCAUACUUUUUUGAGAAAUGUCCUCUGGUCUGAUGAAACAAAAAUAGAACUGUUUGGCCAUAAUGACCAUCGUUAUGUUUGGAGGAAAAAGGGUGACGCUUGCAAGCUGAAGAAAACCAUCCCAACCGUGAAGCACGGGGGUGGCAGCAUCAUGCUGUGGAGGUGCUUUGCUGCAGGAGGGACUGGUGCACUUCACAAAAUAGAUGGCAUCAUGAUGAAGGAAAAUUGUGGAUAUAUUGAAGCAACAUCUCAAAACAUCAGUCAGGAAGUUAAAGCUUGGUCACAAAUGGGUCUUCCAAAUGGACAAUGACCCCAAGCAUACUUCCAAAGUUGUGGCAAAAUGGCUUAAGGACAACAAAGUCAAGGUAUUGGAGUGGCCAUCACAAAGCUCUGACCUCAAUCCUAUAGAAAAUGUGUGGGCAGAACUGAAAAAGCGUGUGUGAGCAAGGAGGACUACAAACCUGACUCAGUUACACCAGCUCUGUCAGGAGGAAUGGGCCAAAAUUCACCCAACCUAUUGUGGGAAGCUUGUGGAAGGCUACCCGAAACGUUUGACCCAAGUUAAACAAUUUAAAGGCAAUGCUACCAAAUUCUAAUUUAGUGUAUGUAAACUUCUGACCCACUGGGAAUGUGAUGAAAGAAAUAAAAGCUUAAAUAAAUCAUUCUCUCUAAUAUUAUUCUGACAUUUCACAUUCUUAAAAUAAAGUGGUGAUCCUAACUGACCUAAGACAUGGAAUUUUUACUAGGAUUAAAUGUCAGGAAUUGUGAAAAACUGAGUUUAAAUGUAUUUCGCUAAGGUGUAUGUUCUUCCGACUUCAACUGUGUGUAUAUGUGGUACAUAGUAGGUGUGUCCAAACUUUUGACUGGUACUAUCUAUAUAUAUAUAUAUAUAUGUAGCUCAGCAGGGAUGUAGCUCAGUUGGUAGAGCAUGGCGUUUGCAACGCCAGGGUUGUGGGUUCAAUUCCCACGGGGGGCCAGUAUGAAACAUAAAAAUAAAAUAAAAAAUGUAUGCACUAACUGUAAGUCGCUCUGGAUAAGAGCGUCUGCUAAAUGACUAAAAUGUAAAUGUAAAAUGUAGUACCAGUCAAAAGUUUGGACACACCUACUCAUUCCAGAGUUUUUCUUUAUUUUUACUAUUUUCUACAUUGUAGAAUAAUAGACAUCAAAACUAUGAAAUAACACAUAUGGAAUCAUGUAGUAACCAAAAAAGUGUUAAACAAAUUAAAAUAUAUUUAUAUUUGAGAUUCUUCAAAUAGCCACCCUUUACCUUGAUGACAGCUUUGCACACUCUCGGCAUUCUCUCAACCAGCUUCAUGAGGUAAAUAUAUAUUUUGAUUUGUUUAACACUUUUUUUGGUUACUACAUGAUUCCAUACAUGUUAUUUUCAUAGUUUUGCUGUCUUCACUAUUAUCCUACGAUGUAGAAAAUCGUAAAAAAAAUAAAGAAAAACCCCUUGAAUGAGAAGGUGUGUCCAAACUUUUGACCGGUAGUGUGUCUGAUUGUUUGAGCGUCCUUAUAUAGACUGUGUUUCUCCUCAUUACCAUACUCUAUCAUCUUCAUUAUACAUUAUCGUCUUUAGGGAUCGUUGUAAAUAAGAAUUUAUUCCAUUUGAUCUGAUUCAAUAGUGGGUUAAAUAAAUACAUUAUUGAAUGUCGAUAUGCGUCUGUUUUUCCUCUCAGAUAUCCUGCAGUAUUACCUGAGGUGCAGCAGUGGCCAAUCAAAUCCUUUCCAGCAGGUACGACUCCGCCUCCUCCACACACACAUUCUAAUCAGGAAGAAUGAAGGGCUGUACUGACGUCCUGUGUGUGUGUGUGUUUUGCAGAAGCUGUCUGGCAGUCACAAAGCCCUGGUUGAGAUGCAAGAUGACGUGGCAGAACUACUACAAUCAGCUAUACGGGAUUACCCCAACACCAAGGUAGGGGGGUGUGUGUGUGCGGGUGUUCAUGCGUGUGUGCUUUCGGUGCGUGUGUAUGUGUCUGUGAGAGUGUAACCUCUGCUGUGGCUCCCUAGGGGAAUCUGGAACAGAUCCAGACCGUAUUGAACUCUACUGAGGUUGGCCUUCAUCAACUCACCGCUCUAGUCGACUGUCGCAGCCUGCACAUGGUGAGAUACAGGGGAGGAGCGCCUCUACUUCAAAAUAAAUCAAUAUAUCACCCCCUCCCUCCCCCUGUUCAUAACUGUUCAUUAUUUAUCGAUGGGGGUAGCUACUGAUCCGGGGUUCAUCUCUCUCUCUACCUCUGGAGCGGCUCUCACUGCUAGGAGUCUACGCCCCCUCACUCUAUCUCCGCACUUUCGCGUGCUGCUUCGAUGUCGUAUCGCUAGCUGCUUCUCAGAUACGAUCUCAUCGGUCGUUCAUUCGAUCGCUCGUUCGGAGCUCUGAGCUAUUCCAUCUCCUAGCUAUACUCUAGAUAUCUCUCUCUCUCAUAUCUCUGUCUCUGCUCUCUCUAGAUCUCUAUGCAUCAUCUCUCUCUUCUCUCUUCUCAUCUCCGAUCUCUCCUCUCUCUCUCUCCUUCUCUUCUCUCUCUCUCAUCUCACCCUUCAUGAAAAUGACAGUGAUUUCCCUCUUCUUGAAGUCCAGAAAGAAAAAGCUUUUUAAAUCCCACCUCCAUUACACCUUGAUGCUUGUCAACGGUGGCCAUUUUCAAACGGUGUUGUCGUGACUGUUGUGAUGAGUAAGAGUUGUUACCAGGGAGAUCUCAAACCACCAAGCUGUCUCUUUCCUCAAAUCAAACAACUGACAACAACCCUCAUAGGACAAUAUGACUCACUACUGCUCUUCUCUCCUCUCCACUUCUCACUUAUUCACUUCUCUUAUCCUCUUCCUCCCUUCUCUCUUCUUCACUUCACUUCUCUUAUCCUCUUCUCUCUUCCUCUCCUCUCCUCUCCUCUCCUCUCCUCUCCUCUCCUCCUCCUCUCCUCUCCUCUCCUUCCUCCUCUACUCUCCUCUCCUCUCCUCUCCUCUCCCUCUCUGUUGUUCCUCCUCCUCUCCUCCAAGGACUAUGUCCCAGGAUCUACACAGGGUGUGGUGUGAAUAUUGUAAGUGUUUCCAGGACUAAUGUGCCAGGCUCUAAACAGGGUGGUGUUAUAUUGUAGUGUUCCAGGACUAUGUCCAGGAUCUAACAGGGUGGUGUUAUAUUGUAGUGUUCCAGGACUAUGUCCAGGAUCUAACAGGGUGGUGUUAUAUUGUAGUGUUCCAGGACUAUGUCCAGGAUCUAACAGGGUUGUGUUAUAAACUGUGUUGCUGUGUUGUGUUCCAGGACUAUGUCCAGGCUCUAACAGGGUUGUGUUAUGAUGGAGUGGAAGGGCUGAUCUACCUGGUGCUGUUCUCCUUCAUCACGGCUCUCAUGUUCUCCUCCAUCGUCUGCAGUGUGCCGCACACCUGGCAGAGCAAGAGGUAACACACCCGAACACACACCUGAACACACACACACAACACAAACACCUGAACACACACAUCUGGCCCAUUCCCUGCUAAGACACUGAUCAGAUCUUACUACUACUAAUACUACUACUACUACUACUACUACUACUACUACUACUACUACUACUACUACUGCUACUACUACUACUACUACUACUGUACACAGCCUUCAUGUUUAGUCUAGUGCAUCUGUCUGUUUGUCUGUCAGACUGUCGUCGGUCUGCCUGUAUACACCUGUCUCCCAGUUUUCUUUCACAUCUUCUAGUUGGUUCAACACCGUUAUUUUCUGUCCCCCCUCCUUCUGUUUCUCCUCCUCCUCCUCGUCCUCCUUUCUCCUUCCAAUGUUCUGAUUCGGAAAACCUGUGACUCGGAAUCGGGACGAUGGAAUCGUCAGUAACAGUUGAUGGGAACACGGAUCAUAUCAUAUAGAUAAAGGGUCAUUGACGGUUUGGCCCAUGGCGUAUAUUUUGGACUAUACAUUGACUUCUCAAUUGACAUCUCUAGUGACAGAGAUUCUAUCUACCCCCGCAUCGACCUACACCUGAUGUUUCUAUCAUCUAGAGGAGAGCCACUGGCAGAGUGCUUCAUAUAAGGACUGGUUUUUGAGCCCUUUUUGUGUGGAUGAGUUGUGUGUGUGGAUGAGUUGUGUGUGUGGAUGAGUUGUGUGUGUGUGUGUGGAUGAGUUGUGUGUGUGGAUGAGUUUGUGUGUGUUGUGGUGUGUGUGUGUGUGGAUGAGUUGUGUGUUGUGUGUGGAUGAGUUUGUGUGUGUGUGUGGAUGAGUUGUGUGUGUGUGUGUGUGUGUGUGUGUGUGUGUGUGUGGAUGAGUUUGUUGUGUGUGUGGAUGAGGUGUGUGUGUUGUGUGUGUGUGUGUGUGUGUGGAUGAGUUGUGUGUGUGUGUGUGUGUGUGUGUGUGGAUGAGUUGUGUGUGUGUGUGGAUGAGUUGUGUACAGCUCUUUAUGUGAGUGUGACAGCAGUAGAACCUUAUGAAAUAGUACUGCUGCCCCCUGGUGGUCUAAAGCGAUAGCAGUUGAAGCUUCUCCUUAAACCAGUGCUGGCCUCUUCACAGCCCAUUCAAUCUAAUGACCAAUCUAAAGUUCUACAAACAUAGUUUAUAUCCUGUUUAGUUGACCUGUACUCCACCACCUUCCCAAUAAGCACACGUCCUAUCUGAUUAUUUCCAUAUUUUCCGUUGACAAUCGUUAUACGUUUUUUUAUCAUUGUAUGUCACAGCAGAAAAUGGUUUACCAACUGCGGCCAUUUUUUUCUUACCUGAUUCGUUUUUUUUUCGGACAUUUUGUAUGAAUUUGUAUUAUUUAUGGUGCACUCAAGAGUUCAGAUGCAUGAAUCAAAUAGCUUGAAAUGAAUGCUCGCUGUGGGGAGUCAGUCAUUGCCUGCAGUUCAGGGGAAUCGAUUCAGAUGAUUCCUUUCUAAAUAAGCUAAGCUUCGCUCCUUUCCUCUUGCUGUAUAUCCUUGCUGCUAAGGCAAAGCUGCUACUGAGGAUGGUGAUGAUGGUGAAAGCUGUAUGAUAUCUCUGGCUCCUUCUAUAAUUGGCUGAAAUAGACUUCUGAUCUUUGACCCCUGACAGUGUUCUGUGACCUCUGUGCACCUCUGUGCUUUGGGGUGGGUUGGUGCCUGGGGGUUGGUGGUGGUGGGGGUGUUUUAGGGGGUGUUUUGGGGUUAUUCUUGCCUGGCAUCUCUCUGUUGCACAAUACCAAUACAAGAGAAAUUAGGUGGUUUAGUGUGAACCUGCCCCUAGACCCUGAUCUUGGGUCAGUUUAGCAUUUUCCCCACUAAUGGUUAAGGUCAGGUUUGUGUGAGGGGAAGCUGAUCCUAGAUCUGUACCUAGGGGAAAUUCACCCCGAGUGUGUAUUAUCCUCCUCCAGGGGUCCUAUGAGUCUGAGUUGACCCUCUAUCAGCUCCUCUCUCCUCUGUUCUCACUCACUGUCUCUCUCGGAUCUCCCCUCCCUCCCUCCCCCUCCCUCCCAUCUACCCUCACCUCCCUUCACCUCGCCCGGCCCCUCCCCCCUGGCCCUGGCCAAUGAAGGACGGAUGAUGAGGAUGGCGAAGACGAGUCUGGCGCCCACGGCAAUCGGGGGGCGGGUCCUCAUGAUAACCUGUACCGCGUGCACAUGCCCAGCCUCUACAGCUGUGGUAGCAGCUACGGCAGCGAAGCUAGCAUCCCCGCUACGGCCCACACUGUCAGCAAUGCCCCUGUCACUGAGUACAUGUGAGUUAGCACCCCACCGGUAGCCGCUAGCCAAAACAACACACUGCCUGCUACACAAGCUCAAGCUAGCAACGCGAUCGCCAUUGCCUGCCAUACAUUAUCACUAGCUAGCGAGUGAGUUAGCCUGCUAGCCACGUGAGUUAGCACCGCUAGCAGAAUCGACACACUGCCUGCUACACAAGCUCAAGUUAGCUACGCGAUCGCCAUUGCCUGCCAUACAUUACCGCUAGCGAGUGAGUUAGCCUGCUAGCCACGUGAGUUAGCACCGCUAGCAGAAUUGACACACUGCCUGCUACACAAGCUCAAGUUAGCCACACGAUCGCCAUUGCCUGCCAUACAUUAUCGCUAGCUAGCGAGUUAGCCUGCUAGCCACAUGUCAGUUAGCACCGCUAGCAGAAUCGACACACUGCCUGCUACACAAGCUCAAGUUAGCUACGCGAUCGCCAUUGCCUGCCAUACAUUACCGCUAGCGAGUGAGUUAGCCUGCUAGCAUAAACAAAACACUGCCUGCUAUCAGUUAGCUAUCAGUUACCCUUGAGAAGCUACACUGCCUGCUCAGCAAUAUACAUUAGGCUACAUGUGAGUUAGCCUGCUAGCCAUAUCUGAGUUAGCCUUUACCAGAAACACAUUGCCUGCCUGCCAUACAAGUUAGCUAUUGCAUGCUACCAAUUAGCCACACAAUUGCCAUUGAUUGGUAUCGGCCUACCGUAAAGCUACAGCUAUAGGGUGUGAGUUAGCUUACUAGCCGUUAGCGGGAACCCAUUGCCUGCCAGUCAUUAGCUAGCACAUGAUAGCUAGUCCGUCACUGAUCAUUUGAGCUGCAUGGACUCAGACAGAUGUUGACACUAUUGUAGUAUGUAACCACCAGGCUGCACAUUGAAGGCAGAUACACUCACAAACAUAUAAAGUAGCCUAAGUUAUUUUAUUCAGUAAAGAGUCCCCAUAUCUUCAUGUCACUGAUAAGGACCAUGUUAGGGAUCAUUGUAAGCAUGAUGCCCAAUACUGUUUUGAUAUAGUGAAACGCAUAUCAAUCUGCAUGGUUUUAAUGUUGUGGCUUACAAGGCUUUACAGCGUUCGUCCACACACAUGAUGACUGCAGUACAUGCUUCUCAUCCCCAUCCUCUUAAAUAACGCACUUCAGUCAACGUACGUCAGUAAAUCAAUAGGCCUACAUACAUUUCAAUAGUCAAGUAAGUUAAGUUAUGCGUUCAUUUAUCCCAUUGAGUAUACCACUGAUACAACUACACAGAAAAUAAUAAAUGAUAAUAAAAAAUAAUAAUACAAAAAUAAGAUGUUAUAUUGUCACAAUCACCGGAUAGGUGCAGUGAAAUGUGUUGUUUUACAGCAGCGGCCAUAGUAGCACGGCACCCCUGGAGCAAAUUGGGGUUAAGUGCCUUGCUCAAGGGCACGUUGACCUUUUGGUUACUGGGCCAAUGGUCUAGCAAGUCAACAACCAGCGCCAGGACAAUAAUACAGCAGACAAGGUGCUUCUGAUGGGGACGACGACCACAACUCCGUCCUCUUGAAGUGUGCACUCAUCCACUACUCCCUACAACUGUAAAAAGCAUUUGAUUGGUGUUGGCAUUGGGCUAGAAUACCAGAUGGAGUUUCCAUAUUCCAGUCAUAUUCGUGAAAGGAAGUGAACAAGUGCACACUUCGGGAGAAAGGAGAGAUCAUUUGGGACGCAAUCUAGUUGUGGUAGGGAGGACUGUAGUGUAGGAAGUGACAUCAGUAACCAGGAAGUGACCUCAGUAACCAGGAAGUGACCUCAGUAACCUCUCGUUUGUGACGCAGGAGCCAGAAUGCAAACUUUCAGACCCCCAGGUGUGAGAACACGCCUCUGAUUGGCAGGGAAUCCCCUCCACCCUCUGUAAGUGCACACUUUCUAGUACACCCUCUCCCCUCCACCCUCUGUAAGUGCACACUUUCUAGUACACCCUCUCCCCUCCACCAUUUGUAAGUGCACACUUUCUAGUACACACUCUACUACAGUAUGCCCCCUCCGAACCCCGAAGGUGUUUCACCUUUGAGUGGCGAAACACCUUUGCAAAGGUCAUUUUGGCAGCCUGGAUUUUUAAAUGUAAUAGUUUGUAUUCAAAACAGGUCUUUAGUCUGACAGAACACAGAUGAAAAAAAUACCCCUCCAUUUUGUCGGUCUCUAAUUCUGAUGUCAACUCUGGUUAGUCUGUUUUGCAUCUCAAAUGGCACCCUAUUCCCAGUGGGUCCUGGUCAAAAGCAGUGCACCAUAUAGGGAACAGGGUGCUAUUUGGGACGCGCUCAAUUAUUUUAAACAUGUUCCCACAAGGUCUAGGUAAGAGGAGAAAACAGAGGUGAAGUUUCAAGCUGAAGGCUAUUCAUUCCAUCCGUCUGGGCCAGUGGUGCUAACCAUUUGGUGGUACAAGACUUUACCUCUUGUGCCUCUCCUUGAAUCAAACUGUAUCGCUGCAUCAUCAGGUGUAACUGUAUUCUCAAUAAAGAAGUACAGAGACUGGGUUUGGCACAGCAAACCCUUGAAGAGCUCUCUUAUAUCUGUAUACCUCUUCGUAGGAAUACAAAUGGGUUUUUUGCACGUGCUCUUUCUUUUGAGACUCUUGGUGUCUUGACGCUGGGUUUUCCUUUUAUACGUUGUAUCUCUUGAGUCUGUGGACGGGCGAUACUGACGGUUGCACAGCGUUCCAGUACAGCCAUUGGUUAAGCUGGUUGUUCCGAAGGCGUUUACCGCGAAGUCCCGGAGUGACUUCCUGUCCAUGUCCGUCCUUAAUUCGUGUCCCCCUGGGGAAACCACAGCCCAAGCUCCUUAAGUCCUGUCCCCAUAGUGUGUCUGUGUGUACACGUCCUGUAGAUGCAUGUGUCCCCUGUAUCUGUCCCUCUGUCCCCUGUCAUAACUAAACAUCACUACUAGUUCUUCACCUGGGGUGUAUUCAUUACGGAAACUGUUUACCGUUGAAGAACCAAUCGGAAGCAAACAGCAAAACGAGAGAUUCUAUUGGACAAAUUCAGGUAGGUUCCUCCCCGUUUCGUUCUGUUUGCUUCCGUUUUAAGAAGCGUUUUGCAACAGAAUCGGAGGAAUGAAUGCACCCCUGAUUCACAGGGCCACUGCUGCGAACCACCCAUAGAGGUGGAUAGAGGUCACACUUUCCACAAAGGUUUAGAAGCAAAGAUGUGCCCUCUAUCCAACUCUAUGACAUCACCUCAUCCACCACCACCGUCUAGCUGUAGACACCACCUUGGUUUGGUGACGCACGGUGGCCAUUUUGUGCCUCAUGGCUCACCAAGCAUCAGUUUCCACAUUAGAGAUGGGGAAACUGAGAAACUGGAAACCCAGCGCUACAGUACUCCCUCACUAAGACCACUGACUAAUACCAGGCUAACCUAACCUUCUACAUCAGAAUUAGAGCACUAAUACAAUUGAUCAAUGAAAUAAUUGAUACUAUUUCCUGUCUAAAAAUAAUCUAAGAUUAUAAUCCUAAUCUUUGUAGUGAUAUUUGUUGUUUUUAAUCCACUACCUCCGGCUGUCCAAAUGACUAGGGAAGUGUUAUACUGUGUGUUGGUGUAUGUUGCUUGUUUACCAUAGUGUUUCACUCUACCAACCCCCCCCCGUCCUCAACUCUCUCUGUCUCUCUCUGUCUCUGGACACUUGUAAGCAGCAUAUCUCUACAUACCCUUCCCUACUCACUCCCCCUUUAAAGUACACUAGUAUACAUACUCUUCCCUACUCACUUCCGGUUGAUACUGCUGGAGAAUGAGUCAGAUUUGGGCAGUGUUGAUGGCUACACAAUAUUUCUUUUUUGUUAUUUUUUUUAUUUCUCUUACAACCCCCUCCUACACUCUCUUCCAUCAAGCCUCGUAACUCUCUUCCCUACCCCGAUUUCUACUACGACCUAACACUAUCUCUCUCCCAACGUCCUCCUAUAGACAGAGAGCACCUUCGUAUAUUCCCCGCGAAAUGUGCUAGACCAUCUGAGAGAUCUCGAGUCUCCGACACUAACACUCGGGCGUCUCUUGAGGGGCAUAGAGCAUCUCCUCUCCACCUAAACCACCUCUUUCUUUCUCUUCCCCCUAUGUCUCUCUCUCUCUCUCCCCCCCUACCCCUCUUUCUGUCUCUUCCCCCUAUGUCUCUCUCUCUCUUUCUCUCCAGUACACCUCGAGUAUGAGGGCCAAGUAUCUGGCCACCAGUCGACCGGACCAGAACCGACGGUCAGUCCCCAAUGACCAGUUGGACCCGGCCAGCCGACCACAUCCCCUCGCCAGACCACAGUCCUCUGUCCACUAGAACCUUCCAGAACCUACCAAAACAUACCAGAACCUACUAUAACCUACCAGAAUCUUCUAGAAAGAACUCAUCAACCACUAAAGAACAGGAACAAACCCAGUACCAAUUCUUAAUUCCACUAAAGAACCACAACCCACGAGAACCACCAACUCCUUAGAACCUAUUGACACAGUAGUCCACUUAUAGAACCAGAACCACUAAGGAUCAUAACCACCUCCUCAGCCCAUAGGAACCACUAAAAUAAUACUUAUCUGAUUCACCUGAACAGACCACAGUGGGUUGAAAAGCAGAGCCAACCAACGGACCAACCAGCCCAACUCACCAGCACCAACACUCUAGAACAGAACCUCAACUCAUCAGCCAACCAUCAGCCAACCAACACCAACCUACCUACAGACUCCAGAAGAUCACCAUGAACCCUGUAGAUACCCCCCCCCCCCCCCACCU